AUGAGCUGGUCCGGGUUCCUCUGGGCGUACCUGCUCGGCGGCGUCACGUUUCUCCCGCUACUCGUAAUUGUCGUUUUCGCCCAUGCCUAUGUCACUCUCCCGGUCCGACGAGAUGCGGUCGGCCCGUCGACGUCCGGCGCGGAUGAUGACCUCGUACAACCUGGCGACGACAUCAAGCUCCUCAAAGCCGCGCAACAGGAUGGAACCAAGGCGCGGACGGUCCGCAAGGAGCAGGACGUUGCCGCGGGCUACUUUGCCGUCUGCCGUGAAUACACCCCCAUGGGAAUCAACGCGAAACCGAUUGAACGCGCGACGCCCGUUGGUUCGGCCACGGUAGCGGCCCCAAGCCCCAGCGUCUAUCAGACGAUGUACCGCAGCAUCUUCGAUCGGAAGCCGACACCCGGCCCGUUAGAUAACAAGAACAACAGCGGCAGCCAGCGCCCUAAGAAAGCUGGUAACGUUUUCUAUGUGGUGCUCAGACACGGGCAUUUGAUGCUAUUCGACGACGAUGAACAGCUUGAGGUCCGCCAUGUCAUAUCUCUGUCCCAUCACAACAUCAGUAUAUACUCUGGGGAACCCGUCACACCCGAAGGCGAGCUAUACAUCAAGCGCAACGCCAUCUGUCUUUCCCGUCGUGCCUCUGAGCCACCGUUGAGCCCAGAUGGCCAGCUUUCGAAACCAUUCUAUUUGUUCUCCGAAAAUUGUUCAGCGAAAGAGGACUUCUACUUUGCGAUGCUCCGAAACCAAGAACAGGCUGUGGCGACCGAGGGUCCCGAGGUCCCGACGCCGAUCCAGUUCGACGUGAAAAACAUGAUUUCACUGGUUCAGAAACUACACUCGUCCGAGGAGCACAUGCAGACAAGAUGGCUCAAUGCCAUGAUCGGGAGGGUGUUUUUGGGUGUGCAUAAGACCAAGGACGUGGAAAACUUUAUCCGGGAAAAGUUGACCAAGAAGAUUUCACGGGUCAAGCGUCCGGCCUUCUUGUCCAACAUCACCAUCAAGAACAUCGACACGGGCGAUUCCGCACCGUACAUUACGAAUCCGCGUCUUAAAGACCUCACAGUUGAGGGAGAGUGUGGCAUCGAAGCCGAUGUGCGUUACACAGGAAACUUUCGGCUCGAGGUUGCGGCCACAGCUCGCAUCGAUUUGGGUACACGUUUCAAAGCGAGGGAGGUCAAUCUUGUCCUCGCUGUUGUCAUGAGGAAGCUCGAAGGCCAUGUUCUCUUCAAGAUCAAGGCGCCACCCAGCAACCGCGUGUGGUUCUCGUUUCAGCAGAUGCCGAAAAUUGAGAUGACGAUUGAACCUAUCGUCAGCUCUCGGCAGAUCACGUACACGGUAAUCCUCCGUCAGAUUGAGAACCGGAUCAAGGAGGUCAUUGCCGAGACGUUAGUGUUGCCAUUCUGGGAUGACACCCCUUUCUUUGACACCGAACACAAGAAGUGGCGAGGUGGGAUUUUUCACGACGACACUGUCAAGGUGCCGACCAGCCCUGAGGCGGCGGCCGCUCAGGAAGGGGACUUGGGCGAGGUGGAUCGUCUCGAGGAUAACCAAGGGAUUCAAGAGUCCGAUAUCCCAUCCAUUGAGAAAAGCUACAGCUUGCCGGUGCUUGAUAAACGGCCAUCUAUCGGUUUAUUUGGGAAAAAGUUGUCCAGCAAGACGAGCAAGACGGAUCUCGCUUCAUCUCCCUCCGUAUCAUCUACCAGCGUCGAAACGAAAAGCGAGACCAAAGGCGAGAUGGGCUCACCUCCACCGGUGCUCUCGGCCCCGUUCGCACAACCAUCCUCUCCCACCAUCGGAACCAUCGCCACCAAUGCGGACCAAUUCCGACCGUCAUCGUCCCCUCCCAACGGCGACUCCGCUAUGUCCGCCAUGGCAAGUUUAUCGACGACUCCUCCUGCCUCUGCCGUCUUCCCCGCCCCGUCGCCGACGCACUCAACAACCCAGGCGUCGAACCCGAACGCUUUCAAGCCUUACACCACCUCCAAAUCAACCAACCUCUCAUCAGCGAGCGUGAAUAAAGACUCGACCGAUCUUGGGAAGGACACCGACAAGACCCCACAGGCGCGACGAAAUACUGUUUCGUCUACAGAAAGCCAGAGCGACAACGGGUCCCAGUCCCCCACACCGUCCCUCAAAGGCUCGGUCCGCGGGCCAGGGCGCCCAACGUCGAGAAGCUUCUUCAGCCGCCGGGACACGGCCUCGUCUGUUUCUUCAGGAGUCGGUUCCCAAACCACGGCCGAGACGCAGAAGCGGACAACCCUGAACACAAUCGCCAACGCAGCGGGCUCUGCCAAACGGUGGGGGUUCAACGCCUUCCAGCGCCGCAACAAUGACGAGAAUGGCCCGCAAAAUGGGAAGGCGGGUGAUGGCACCUCUGGCCUUGACCUAAGCCAGCCCAUGGGACGUGGUCAACCACUUCCGCCUCCCGGUACUCCACUGCCAAUGCCUGAAAAGACGGGCUCGACGGGGGCGAUUCAAAUGCCCAAGCGGAAACCGAUUCCUUUGUCGACGGCUGAACGUCAACCGGACCAGGCGAGGCAAGGAAGUGAACGCCCGUCGGUGCAGCCCCCGCCGCUCCCGAAGAGGCGGCAGCAUCGGACGGAGGAGGAAGGCGAGGAAAAUGGCAUGCUGGUGGUCACGGCGCCCGCAGAAUCCGAGCCUACCACGCCGCUGAGUGCGACACAUAGCGUUCCAGAUGCUCUUCCAGCAGCCGAAGCGACGGAUGAGUCUGCUACACAGCCGUCGAUACCGGAUGAUACCCAGCACACGACAAAGUCAACAAAGUCAGCAGAGUCAACAGAGUCAACACAGUCAAGUUUGCCGUCUCCCGAGGAGGCGGCCGUACAAGAUAAAGCUGUCGGCGCAAUUGCAGACCCAGGGCCCACCCCCGACGAGGACUACUCGGCGUGGAUGGAAGAGGAGGAAACGGAUGAAUCAGAUCCUUCCGCGGACACGAAAGCAGCCUAA